AUGCUAAGAUUUCAAGGCAAGAGCGUCAAGCCCUCGGUUUGUCUUUCUUUCUAUUUUCACAUGUAUGGAAAUGACGUCGGCGAAAUAUACCUUUACAAUCGUGGUAGGACAGUAUGGAGAAUGGCUGGGAAUCAAGGCGAUGUGUGGAGGAGGGCUGAAAUUAAAAUUACAGGAGACUAUGACGUAAGAGACCACUGGAAAUACAAUGCAAUACAAUACAGUAAAUUAAAUAUUAGUGUAAUUUAUGUAAAUGGGUAAAUAUGAACAAAUCCAAUAAAUAGCAGCCGAAGUCAAUCGAGUUUAAGAUUAAGAUAAGACAGCUUGACGUCAUAACAGUACGGCGCCAAUAUUGGCGUAUCAUAACAAGAGUAGAAACCAUUUGGGGGUGCCAAAGCCAGUGAUAUGGAAUUUGAGCUCUUUUGUCAUUUCAACAGGUUAUUUUGUUGAAAUGAUCUCGCAGAACUACUAGGGAGGUUGGUAACUGAAAGCACUCCAUUCAUAGAGCGGUUUUCACUUGACUGUCGUAAAACCAAAACCAAAGUAAAUACACUAGCCAACCAAAGGGCGUAGUAAAACCAAAACCGAAACCAAAACCAAUCCCUUUCGACAGUCAAGUGAAAACCGCUCUAUGACCUCUCCUCCGUCCAGGCCUCUCUGUGUCGUAAGGAGGCUGGGGAAAGGAAGAAAAGAAAAUGCUCUUUUUAUUGGAAUACCCAGUGGGACAUGCUGCGGAGGAGAGAGCUCUAUACGCGCAUCCCUCACCCCUGCCCUUUAUGCACCAAACUGCCCGAAAUUGCCCGCCGUGUUUAGCAAUUUGUCUACUAAGUAUCAAAUUUUUUGUUGAGAGCAACUUUCAACUUUAUUUACACUUCAAGUCUUAUUUACUUUACAAGUUAGGUGAAAUUAGAGGAGAUAGGAAUAGGCAUAAUCAAAUAGCUUUUGCGGAAGUGUACGGCUGAAAAAAGGAGCAGACCACCGCUUACAGGGAAUAUAAAAUAUAGACUAAGUGUCAUGGCUAGCUAGAGAAGAUAGUUACUUAUAAGCGUGUUGCAUGUUAUUGUGAGUUUAAUAAAAAUGUUUUGUGAUUUUUAGUUGCUUUAUGCGCAGAGGAAAUUACCAGAUAAUAGGUUUUUUUAAAGUUAACAGCAAGUUUGUUAGCUGAACUUAUAACCAACAAGAUACUCGAAUUCUUAUUAUAUAGUUUUUUUUAGGUCUUGUGGAGGGUUGGAAGAGUAGAAAAGUCAGCGAAAGUUCUAAUAGUACUCUUUUUCAAGCAAUUGGGCAUGCCGUUUAAAUAUAAUAGGAAUGUUUGACUUAAUGCCAUUUUGUUCUUCUUUCCACUUAGCUUAUUUUCCUCGCUGCGUCGGGAAAAUCAUACCAGAGUGACAUUGCACUAGAUGAUAUAUCGGUAGCCGAUGGCGAGUGCGGUGGAGUACCAACUCUACCUGCAUACACGCCGACGCCAAGUCAAGGACCUCCGAUAGUUCCAGGUAAAGCGCUAUAUAUUGUACAGUAGUUACCUUAAGUUAGAGACGGACCAUUAAUAAACUUAUGAGAGGGAGGGGCGGGAGAGUUACCCAAAGAUAUUCGUACAAGGAAAAAUUAAACGAAGAAAAAUCAUGCUCGCCAAUUAACCCUUAAGAAAAUAAUUAUGUACUGGCUUGAAAAAAAUUCGGUCAAGGAAAAUGAUAACGAAAAAAAAUCGACCAUACGGCUCAAAAAUCCGCAUAACAAGUGCAGAUCCAUCUUUGGUACUAUUUCGAAUCUAUUAGGUCUGACUGAUUCGUGUCAAAGCACGCACCCUCUUAAAGAGGGGAGUUCUUUAAUAAAUAAUAAUAAUAAUAAUGAUGAUAAAAGCCUCGGCACUCACUCAGAGGAAGCAGCACCGUUAUUGUGUUGUAGCUGUCAAAUGAUGUAUAAUAUCAUUCCUAAACGGGUUGAUAAUCGCUUUGUUUACCUGCCGAAAAAGGAGUGGUAUUCUGUAAGUUGAACCUUUUUGAUUGUUUUGUGUUUUGAUAAUGUUAUAGUUGUUGUUUCUUUUUUUCUUUUUCUUCUUUUUUUUCCUAUUUAGUGAACUGUGGAUCACGUCCAUACACUCGCAUUGUUGGAGGUUCGAAAGCUUCUGUGAACAGCUGGCCGUGGCAGGUCAUGUUAGCAAAGAAAGGCGGUUCCCAGUUUUGUGGCGGAACUCUCGUAGAUCCUUUAUGGGUUGUGACGGCAGCUCAUUGUGUUAGACGUGUCUCCCCAUCGAGCAUAUUCGUAAGGUACAGUAGUUCUUUAAGAUGAAUCUUAGAUAAAAAACGGAACUUGGUAACACUCGAGGAAAGGGAAAGAGGAGGAGAAAAGCGGAUAUCGUAACUUUUGGAAGGGUUAAAAGUCGCUCUAUAAAAUAAUACCUUUACUCAGAUAAAUCAUUUUGUAAGUCAAAGCUAAGUGGGUUGUUGGUUGUUUUCUUGCUGUUUUAUGUUUCCUUAAACACUUUGUUUUUAACUUAAAAAUCUUUCAAUUCUUAUUUAGAAUGGGUGCCCAUUACAGAAGGACUGGUUAUGUUGGAACGGAACAGGACAUCACUAUUGCGCAAAUCAUUACCCACGAAAACUACCAUACGCCGCUGAGAUACAGCCACGACAUUGCAUUACUGAAGCUUGCGCAACCCGCUCGACUUGGUAAAGGAGUAGGUGUGGCAUGUUUGCCUUAUUCAAAUGUUCCUCUACCUGAAGAUGUUCCACACAAGAAAUGUUGGGUCACUGGCUGGGGUACACUGGCUAGCGGAGGAAGCCAACCAAAUGAUUUAAUGCAGGCAUCAGUACCUCUUGUCUCGAAACAACGCUGCCUGAAGGCACUGUCUGGACGGAUUCAUGACUCUAUGCUGUGUGCAGGGUUUGACCAAGGAGGUGUAGAUACCUGUCAGGGUGAUAGUGGGGGACCUCUAGUCUGUGAGCACAAUGGAAAGUGGUACCUGGAGGGAGUGACUAGCUGGGGUCACGGGUGUGCAUCUCCAAACAGCUAUGGAGUUUACGCUAAAGUUCGUAUUCUUAUGCCGUGGAUAAGAGCAAAAAUGAAUUAUGUAACUCCACCUCCAGAAAUAGUAUCAAGUAAGUUAUCACCUCUUUCACUCAGUCAACAAGCAAGCAUUGCCCUCAAAGUUCAUUCCUGUCUAUCCUGCAAAUGUAUUUUAAUUAAUUCAUCGAUUUUCGUGAUAGUAGAUACGUGCAGUGUCAAGAUUACCUUUAAAGGUAGUACAACAAUCUCUCUUCUCUCUUAGAACACAGAAUAUUUUAAAACUUUCCCAAAUUUGUACACCCAAUUGGCAAAAAGACGUAUUUAUUAAGAUGUCACUCAUCGAGAUAACGUUUCAGAAGUAACAAGGAAAAAUAAGCUAAAUAGUUCUCAAUAAAUUUGCAUUGAGGUAGUGUCAUUUCUCGCCCCGUACGUAGUUAAGCCAGCUGUCAGCUUUGUUUGUAUUUUGUUUACUGACUAUCUCUUUUGUUUUAGCCUAGGAAUGACCUUCACAGUCGACAAGAGAGGGAUUAGAAAAGGAAUGGUUCAUUCUUGCUUUAAUGAUUAAGAGCACUUUUGCAUUUGAAUUCAGAAAUCCUCAAAGCUAAUUAAAAGUGAACAAGACCACAAAUUUUAUGCUUGUGAAUAGAUGUUUUUAUUAUGAUUUCUUGUUAUUUUACACUCAAAUGAUCGCGCAUACUGUAAAUGACUUAUCUACCAUUCCCAACCCACUUUAUUUUCAAACCAAAGUUCGAUCCACCUCUCUCUUUUAACACCAGAAACAACCCUCUAUGCCAUGCAAGCAGGGUAUCUUCUCGGCGUGGUUUUAGCAGUUUCGAAGUCGUUUGCGUCGUGACAUUCGUGCAGUUGGACUUAGAGAAUGAACAGCGACGCGAACGACUUAGUGAAUGCUAAAAAUAUAUCAUGCCCUGACUGAAACCUCUGCUACUAGGGUAAAACCCCUAGCACCCAAGCCUCUCUAAGUUUAAUAGGGAUUUCCUUGUUAAAACUUGGAAACCGUUUAAAACUCUGCGAAAACGCGAGAUUUUUUCUGGUGUGAAAUGUGGCAAAAACGCAUGUACAAUCUAAAAAUGGUACUGGAAAGAAAGUUAACUGAAAAACUCGGAAUAUUGUAGAUGAUAGAACAGUCAUUCAUUCAAAGUUAAGAUUUUGGAGUUAUAGCUUUCGUGACUAGCUGGUACAGAUUUGAUUCUUCGAUCAGAGAGUUUAAAUGCAAUAUUUGUUGGAUGCAGCUAGGUCAUAAUUCUGCCUCUCAGGCCCCAUAUAGUAGGUCCACAUCCUGGGGAGGUAGUCAAUAUAAAGGCCUAUGCUUAGUCUAAUAGACGGCAUCAUGCGAAAGUGGAACCUAUUCAAUCAAAAAUGGUAUAGGUAAGAGAAAGAACCUCUGGCGGCGUGGGGCCUCCUCAAAUAGAACAAUGUUCAGUCCCUGGGGUUUGGGGCUUUCUUAGGCUGGAAAACUUAACUUAACAGCAAAAAUCGGCCCUUAAAAACAUUAAAUGGUGUUUGACAAAACCCAUUCUAAGGCGCUGAAUCUUUUACAAGGAUUAUAGCAAGACUUUUUUUUCUUGUGGAAGUAGGCUCAGUCUGCUGCUCUUCAAAGCCCUUUUGUUUCCAAAGUGCCAUUAAGAAUAUGUUUGUUUGAGUAAAAGAUGUAUUUGUAGAAAAUAAUGGUCCAUCUGCUUAGUCAAUAAGUACUGUGUUUGUGCAGGAAGCGUUCUUUAAUUACUAUUUUUGCAAAGGGAGACAAACACAAAUAGAUUGUACUUUUAAACGCCAACUUCUGAUCACCUCAUAAUGUGAAAAAACAAAUCUACACUUCAUAAUGAAAUGCCAUUUUUUAAGGACGAAGAAUUAUUAUCUAAAACUUAGAAUCAAAAUUUUGUUCCUCUUUAAAUCUUUUUUUGUCUGGAUUAUGGAUUGCGGGUUUCAUGGACCGGGAGGGGGAGGAGCCACGAGUUAGGAAGCGCGUGAGAGAGGAUUGGUAUAAUUGGCCGUUUUUAUAGUAGAGGACGCAUUAUCCGUCUGGACGAGCUUGGGCAAACACUUGUAGUUCGUCUGGUUAUGGGUGUCAAGAAUAAAUACGGGCAUAAGACGCACGAACUUUCCUUCGAAAUAUGUCUUGAACUACGCACUACGAAAGGUAGUUCGUCUGGAUGCAUAAUGCGUCUUGUGCCCGUUUUUAUUCUAGAGACGCAUAACCAGACGAACUCCAAAAUGUUUGCCCAAUUUCGUCCAGACGGAUAAUGCGUCCCUAGUAUAAAAACGACCAUUGUCUAAUUUGUAAACCAAUCGUCAACCUACAAACUACUGAGCCCCGGUUUAUAGCGCCAUGCAAAUGUUUGUGCUUGAUUUUCGUCUUUCUCGACUUAUAUAUUUUCUCGCUUUUCGAUUCACGACUUAUUAUUUUCGACUUUUUCCGCCUUUUUUCUUGACGUUUUUCCUCGGCUUUUUUCUACGCUGAUCACAUUUAUUACAGACUCAUUCCUGCGUAUUUGAGAAGUGCUGAAAUAUGGCAGGUUUGAUUCUUGGCUUUGUAUCUCUUUUAUUUGUCGCACAGUGUUGUGCAGUUUUACAACAGGGCAAUGCUGCAUGAGCGAGGAGAUGUUACUGAGAGUUAAUACUAUUUGUUUCGCAUAACAAACUUGGUGUAUUACUAUUAUCAAAAGACGAUAGUUUUAAAUGUCUUUCUAACUGUUUCAUACCACCUAAAUUUCACAUUUUCUCGGGGAUUAUGCCUCAGGAUUCCUGCUCUCCCCCCACCUCCCCAAGUGGUCCAACCUGCGCAUGCUCUUCAAGAUUUGUAUCUUAUAAGCCCAUUUAUUUCCAAAGAGCUAUUAAAAAUUUAUCGUUUGAUUAAAAGAUGUAUAUUGCGGUGAAAGAAAUUAAACGAAGAAAAUAAUGGUCCAUCUGCCUAGUCAGUAAGUAUUAUGUUUGUGCAGGAAGCUUUCUCUAAUUGCUAUUUUUGCAGAGGGACACAAAUACAAACAAAAUGCACUUUAACGCCGCAUAACGUCUGAUCGCAAUAAUGAUCAUAGUAGUGUGAUGGGAAGAAAGAAUAUACACUACAUACUGUUAAACCUGUUAAACCAUUUUUGAAGAAAGAAGAAUUAUUCAACAUUGAAAAAUGAAAAGCAAAAUUUCGUUCCCCUUUUUUUGAUCUAAGUUUUUGAUUCUUUUAGCUAGGAAUCCGGAUUGAGAGAAUACAAAUCUAGAACUUCAUACAUGAACUUCCUAGAAAAGCAGCAAGAGAAGCAAACUUUGAUAGUUUGUUUUAAAGUAAAUUGUGACGUCACUUGGGGUUAAUGCGUGUUUUCUCAUGUUUUAAAAAAGGUUUUUAAGCUUUGCUACAACUUUCUAGAAAUUAUUUGUUUUUCUCCUGCUUAUAAAUUAAAGGUUAAUUAGACUGAUCUCACAGUUGCUUCGGGUCCUUUGGCAAGAAUGUUAACUACCGGUAUCCUGUUUUUAAGCCUUUGGGCGGUUUCAAGUGCUCAAGGUAAGUCUUUCGCGCGAAUGAUAUCUUCUUCAGUCCUCUGAGUUAUCUGUAUAAGGCUUCUCUAUAUUGUUGGACUUUAAAGGGUCAUUCAUUCACAACAGCAGCACCCAACGACUUUUUUCUGUAAAAUAACGGUUUUCCUAGAAAUUUCUAAAUCUCGAGAAAAGCUAAAAUACUGUAUAACUGAUCCAUUCGUCAAUGAUAUUCACUUCAGGCGGUUGUCUACCUUACUUACGAUUUUCGAAAGUUGCGUUUUCACAUUUUAUUACAUAUAUAUAGCAAUUAUUGUUACAAAAGGUCUCUUGAAAAUUUCGGUGUAAAGACAAAGCGUCCCCUAAAAUCGAAUCUUCUCCAUGUCCUCGAAUUUUGCCUGCGGGCCCAAGGGCAGGUAACAGUUUCGGAUGGGACGGAAAAACAACCUAAAAUUUUGGAGACAACCAAUAAAUUAAAGUUCCCCUAAGAGAUCCAAACCAAGAGACAAUGAGGUAAGAGAGCGAAUCCCCUUGCCCAAUUAUAAUUAUUUUAAACCUUUUUUUAGUUCACGCCAUGCCGCGAAGGUUAUUUUUGAAUUUUGUUCUUAUGACCAAGCGGUCUAGUUUUACGUGGAUCAUCAAGGUAUCAGUUAUCACAGCUCGCUUGAGUGCGCUGCGUGGACGUUGUAGUUGGCAUGAGAUCAUCCAUUUUUCCAAUGUAAUGUUGUAGCAAGGCCCGGUUCAUUAACAAUGAGUACACUCGAAACAAACAGAUAAGUGGUGUUUAGGACAGUUCCGUGCAAAUUAACCAAGUAGGCUUCUAAAAAAAGAGAGAAAACGAUGUAGGACACUUCCAAAGUAUCUAGAAAUAACCGGUCAUUGCGUGUCUCUGAUUCACAAUUCAACUUAAUUUCUCUGUAUCGAGCUGUACCCACAAGUCGGUUACCGUUGCGGGGGUCCGAGUCAUGCGGAACGUGAAACAUAACGCGGAAAGGCGGCUCGCUGUUUUAGGUAACAUUCUGAGCAAAAAGCUCCAAUGGGGCAAAAAAAAAUAUUUAUAUAUCAUAACUAUAUAACUGCUUUUAACCAUUCGAAUAUAUUCUCGUUAAAAAUACCGUUUAAAAAGUUUAAAAAAGCUAAAAUUUAAAUGCAGUUAAAACAAAUUUCAUCAUGGACGUUCAUUAUAUAAUUCUAAAAAUCCAUAGCAUCCUUCAAUUUUUCAGUGAUUUUUAAAAAGUUUAGAUCCAUUAAAAUAAAAUAGACGAAUUUCGUUGUUCUGACUUUGGGGAAGUGACAUUCUUUAUCAAUUUUGAAAAACUUUAAUGCAGAAAUAUGCCUUGUUAAUUUCUUUUGCGGAAUAUUAUGGGUGAGACCAAAAUAUUUUUUUCUGAAAAUAUAAUUUUUGCCCUUUCCAAUGAGGUAUAGCUUUAUAUGGAACUGUAAAUAACAACAGAGAUAUAGUUUUUUAAAGUUGCAUUGUCAAAAAUACUUAAAAUAAAGGAGGAAGACAAGGAGUUAAAAAUUUAAAAAGUUGACCCAAAUGUUUCAAGUUCAACGGCAAUCCAUUUUCAUCCUUAAAAUCCGUGACAAAAUGAAUGUCUGAUGAUCAUGAUGAUGAUGAUGACGAUUAAUAUUAUUAUUAUUUAAUUUCUUUUCGUUUAGUGAUAGUACUAUAAGUUAUUGCAGUGAUGCAAAUAAGUUGUUAAAAAAAACAGGAAAUAGUCUCAAUCUUAUGCCUAGAUAUAUCCGGUCUUAAACAACCAAACUGGACCAUGAUGCGAAGACGGGUUUUAGCUAUUUAAAAAGGUAGCAAACGUGAUAUAGCACCUUUAAAUCUGUAUACUCCUGCUAGGUCCCGUGUGCGGUAAGAAAGGAAAGCCGAGAAUCGUCGGUGGAUCGGCGGCUGAGGAAAACGAAUGGCCCUGGCAGGCGCUCUUAAUGGAUAAACGGAAAAAUCAAUUUUGUGGAGGUUCCCUGAUUGACUCUCAGUGGGUGUUGACCGCUGCACAUUGCAUUGAUGGCGAGAGUACAAAGACUGUGCAAGUUCGGUAAUUUGAUUAUCAUUUCACUGAGCAGACUGAACUUCUUGAAUGUGACGUGUUUCCUUGUUUACUCAUGGGAUGUUGGAGGGGAUGUCAGAUUGGUGCGGAAGUGCCAUUUUGACUAACCCACAUUGCACACUAACGAGGUGUACCAGUCCAAGUUUUAUAAAUGCCCUAUUCUUUUCUGCAAAAUUUUUUCUGCUGUUGUUGUUAUGUGAAAUUUUGAAAUGACACAAUUCACAUAGACUACGAGUAGUCCCCGUUUUUCCUUAGGGAUAGUAGAGCGGGCGAAACGCAAGCGCGCGUGAAAAGCGAGAGAAACGCGAGCGCACGUACUCGUAGUUCCGUACAAUUCACACCAGGUACGUGCUCUCACUCCUCCUUAGGCACUUCCUUUCUCGCACCUCAAGUCACAGACAAAAGCAGUCUUGAAACACGAGUGACUGGUAAAGAAACACUACUGGGAAGCACUGGAAUACAAAAAAAAAAAGCGACUCGUUUUCUCCUUCCCACCUUUCUUUGCGCGCAAAUUUUGAGAGCGAAAAGUCUGGGAACGAAGCAGACUCGUGUUAAUGUCUUGAGACAAAGUUAUUUAAUUUAUUUUAGAUUAGGGUCACAUAAACGAAAACAGCAGAAACCAAAUGGAAUAGUUCAGGAUUUCAAAGUCAUUCGAAUUAUCAAGCACUGGAAAUACAACAAAAGGACUCAAAGCAAUGAUGUGGCUUUGCUGAAGUUGGAUCGAAAAGCCAAGUUAAGCAGGUAAGCUCGGGGGAGACGGGGCAGAAUAAAGUAAAAACUGAUAUUACUAUUAGUCCUAUUAAUUAACAUAAUUAAAUGUACGAGGAUCAUCGCAGCUUAAAAGCAACUUGUGCAGUUACUAAAUGAAAGUCUGAACAAAUUCAGGCUUCCAAUUCUUGACCUCGGCGAUACUGGCGCAGCGCUCUACCAAUUGAGCUUACCAGCCAACUUGAAGCAGGCCAUUGAAUUGGCUCAUUAUUAUUAUUAUUAUUUUCAUUGUGUCAUUCUUUUUGAGGGUUUAUGACAAAUCAACUUUGGGUGGACUUACAAUGCUCUAGCUGGCCUGAUGUUCAAAGAUGCAUGCUUAAGUCAUGCAAAGCACGUGGCGGCUCUGAACCCGUUUGAAAGUGUUAAAUGCGUUUCAGACCGAACAAGAAUUUUGUACCAAAGCUUAAGGUCUAUGUGACGGUGUUUUCACGGGCCGGUUUAUUUUUAGAUACAUUUGAAAGCACUCAUUCCUGCCAAGAUGAUGCACGCAUUUGAAGUAUAAGAUAUCAAAGAGGAAAACUAAACGUAACUAAAAGGCAAAAAAUACUUAUAUCUUUAGGCUUUGCUGACAGGUUUGUGCUGCCCUCGAAAUGAAAUAUGUAUAACGACUUGCGUUCCUCCGCCAUCCCAUUUCCCGCUUAUCAGGUUCUUUGCUCGAGCCCCCGAUAACUCUACCUUUAUUCGAUUUCCCUUGAAGCUUCGAGUUAUCGGGAGUCGACUGUAUUAUACGCUCCUCUUGACUUGAAUUUGCAGAGAGGUGAACCUGGUGUGUCUUCCUGAAUCUGUGCAAGACCCUAGCCAUGGUCAGAAAUGUUGGACAACAGGCUGGGGAACUACAGCAUCAGGCGGAUCACAACCUGAUGUCUUACAUGAAGUAGAAGUACCUGCUGUAUCCCACGCUAUUUGCAACCAGGCUUACAACGGAAAGAUAGACAAGACUAUGAUAUGCGCUGGUCUGAAGCAAGGAGGAAAAGAUGCCUGUCAGGGAGAUAGUGGGGGACCAUUUGUUUGUGGUGUAGGAAAUGGAAAUAAUGAAAGGUGAGGUGGAAAGAAAACGUCUCAUUAGCACAAAACUUAGAAAACUAAAGGCAAUCGGGUCAAUUCAACAAUACAGGGACGAAGACCCGGUGCAUGUUUCUCUAAAGUUACGAUAAUUAACUGGCCGGGAAUGCUGUUGUUGUUUGAUACAAAAUGUGAUGAUGAAUUUUAAGCCAUCACAUUUCUAUCAUUUUAAGCUUGUAUCGAGAUUCCAGUCCUAGCAGUAUGCACCAUGUUUGUCACAUGAACCUAUUUCAAUGGCCUAAGCUCGCACGAGUCUCAAGCUGUAGCUUAGUGGUAGAGCAUCAGCCUGGACUAGUAACCAGAAUUACGGUCAUUGGCUCUACUCCUGCUACGAGUACUCAGAUUUUUUCUACUUAGUCGCCUGUCUGGGCCUUUCGAGAAACGGGCCCCAGCCGGUAGCAAUAAUGAGGGACAGAGUGGUAGAUUAUAUGCAUGAUUCAAAUAAGGUUGCUUACUCGGGCAUUUGUCUUUAAGCAAUGAGGCACUCAGUUUUGUUUGGGGGCCACUCUAGCAAACCAUUACAGUAGUGAGUUCCGUUGGCCCAAUUAAAAUGCCCAAUACCCAAUUGUUAAUGAUCAUUUGUCAAGGCAACCUUUUUAUUGCAGUGAUAUCCAUAAAACAAAAUCUGCAAUAUGAAUUGUGUUUUUUUAUAACGUAUAUCCAAUGAGCUGUAUGCACUUUGCGAGAGUUCAUGCAAAAUAAGUACUAAUUGGUAAACGCUAUCUUUUGCAUUCAGGUUUUACCUACAUGGUGUGACCAGUUGGGGUUACGGUUGCGCUGACCCAGAUGCGUAUGGAGUAUAUGCUAAAGUGUCUGUAUUUAUGAACUGGAUAAAAAAACGACUGGGAAAACCGCAAAAGCCUAGACCGACUAUGACUCCAUCUUCGACCAUUCAGCCUCCAGCAUCUCCAUCCACUCCCUCCGGUAAUUAAACUGCCCAUAACCUAAUUUAGUUUUUCAUAAUUUUUGUGGCUCUUGUGCAUAAUUAUGCACAAUUUCUGCCAUAGAAUAUUAAGACAGGGCGUUGUAAGUACUUCAUAUUAUUAUGAGUUAUGACGUGACGGAUAUCACUCUCGCUUGAGUUUGUUUUAGAUUAGAACUACACUUUACUAAGAGAACCGUUUGCGAAAACAUUUUGCGAUCUGAACACAACGCGAUUAUUUAAGAAUUUUUUGAAAUACUCAAGUUUUGCUUCAUUUUGGCACAACAUUAGUCCUCUCUCAGUAGCCUAUCGGAAAGGAAGGAUCUCUGACGUAGAGUAAGGAACUACGACGUAAAUUAAGGAAAAGGUAACAAUUGUGGAGUUCUAGAUAUAUUUCUUUCAAUUCACAAACUGAAGCAGCUGUUUAAACUGAGAUAAAACAUGCCGGUAAGAUUUCGUUCCAGUUAUAUGCAACAACAACACUGGCAACGGUAACAACGCGGGAAAUACCGAGCAUGCAUAAUAGGCCAAAUUUGCCUCCAUUCGGCGGGUAACCAAUCAGGAAACAGGAUUCGAAUCUUCUACCCCGCUUGCAAAGCUAGCCAAAGCUAGCAGCAAUAUAGUAUUAUACUAGUUCUAUUAAAAAUGAUGAUGCCGAUAAUAAUGUUACUUUACUUUCAAACUGUUACCGUUCUCCGUCUGACAUUAGGGACUUUAAGCGAAUCACUAAGGUGACUUCUACUACUACUUCCAUAACGUCACUGACUAUCGCCCGCCAAAUUUCAACAGCUACGCAAACGGCUCCCAAACUGAGUGACUUCGGGGUUUCUCGCUCAUUUGCUUUCGCUGUUAGUAAAACGAUGGGAAGACGUAAUUACUGGAAAACCAGAUCAAGCUUAGCGUCAUGUAGUUUCUAGAUAAUGUGAAAAAAAAUAAUGAAAGGUUUUGUAACCAGUGACUGAAAAAAGGAGAAAAGUCAACUUCGACAGGUGGUCUUGACGUUGUAGGAUUUGACGCUAAGAGGAAAGGUAAUUUCCAAGCAUGCGCACUGAGUUAUUUUUGGGCUUUUUUACUUCCGGUCGCCUUAGUAGAGGUCACCGUAACGAUUUCAUUAAAGUCCCUAAUAACUUACACCUGCUCGUCUGAACGACUGAACCCUUAAGCAGCAUAUAUUUGUUGACACUUUUUAAAUAAAAAAUCACCAUAGGAGCUCGAGUCUGUGGAAAAGGGCCAGACUCACGUAUUGUUGGUGGAACUGCGGCGAAGCACGGAGACUACCCCUGGCAAGCGCUUUUGCAAACGGCGAAGACUUCUCGACAGUUCUGCGGAGGAACGUUAGUGCAUCCACAGUGGGUGGUAACUGCCGCUCACUGCGUGGAGGGCAGCAAAUCAAGGGACAUUAUUGUGAGGUGAGAAGAAGUAUUUUCGAACAGCCUAAGAAGUGAAACAGCUGAUCACGGGUUAAAACAAUUCAAUCAAUCAUCUACAUUGUAAUAACUGGACUUUUUCUUCACUUAGGGUGGAUUUUCACUGUCGCGAAAUUUUUACGUGCGUACGCACGUACAUUUUACGCGCGUAAAUAAAAAAGAGGCAAUGAAUGUAUGGUCACGCGCAUUUAACGUUUAAGUUGACCGAGGUUCAACGUUAACGUUAACGCGCGCGCGACCUUCCAUACAUUGCCUCUUUUUUAUUUUCGCGCCUAAAAUGUACGUGCGUACACACGUAAAACUUGCCCGACAGUGGAAAUCCACCUGGCCUACCAGGCCUCGAGCCGAAGAUAUAUUUUUAGAGUAAAAAUAUGAAACAUGGAGUGUUUUCGAGCUCAGAUACCUGUCCGUGUUGUCAUUGCUUUGUUUUGAUAACUGACAACUUUAUUGCUUGAUUGGAAGAGAACGGAAGACGGAAAAAGGCAAGAGAUGGGAGUUCUAAAGGGGCGGGAAGCCAGAAAAACGGGGAAAUUACCCGCAAAGUAACCAAAAAAGGGGCUUAACCAGCCAAGAAGAAAAGGGGCUUGAGCCAGAAAUGCGAGUACCGGAGUCCCCAAAUUCCCUCUAACCCCUUUCCCAUAACGUACUAUCAAACCCAUGUUAAAAUUAAUUGUGGAAGUUGAGCAUGGAACUUCAAGUGUUUUUUCACGGACUCGUUUAUUUAUGGAACCAUGGUUUCAAGGCCGAGCCAUUACCGAGAAAAUGAAACGACUUGAUAAUGUGGUUUCAGUCUACAUGCCACAAGCCAGCCCCCAUUUCGUCAACGUUAACGUCUCACGAGGACUUUCGAUAACCACGAGCCUCAUGGAGGGUAAUCGGUAAUUUCUUGAAACACGGAUUUCCGAAAUGCUUCGUUGACGUAUUACAAGACGAAAAAUAGCACUUUCAGUGUUUUCAGUUGGGCCACCGUUUAAAAAACACCACAGACCAUAGAGGCUUCAUGCCUAGAAAUAUUUGAAAAAGAAAUCGCAUAGUAAUGGUAAUGCAAAAAAAAAAAAAAAAAAACAGACAAAAAAAGAGGAUGGGUACCAUUCAGAGUUUACCUGUUGACGUUCGAUGCUGUGCAAGUAGAAUUCUAGAUAGUCACUGAUAAACGAAAGAUAAAAGACCAGAGGGAGAUAUAGUCCGUAAUAAAAUUACCUGCAGGUUUAAUUUACUUUCUGUUUAAAGCUGUUUAAGAUCCUUGGUGAUUAGGCUAAUCAUUAUAUUUUUACUGUGACUAGAAUGGGGGCUCAUAAUAGAGUUGAAAGUAAUCCGCCAAAUGCGAAGGAACAGAGAUUUAAGCUCCUUAAGAUCAUCAAGCACCCAUCAUACCACAAACCAAUAGACAUGAGUCAUGACAUCGCGCUUCUACAACUAGAACGUCCUGCUAUCUUGGAUAGGUAAGUUAAUUAGUUGAUCAGUUUUGUUCUCCCGUCGACCUGAGAGAAAACACCUCAUUCUGUUCCAAAUUAUGAGUGUGGUAGCGGGGUGCGGGGAAUGUGAGGUUAUCACUGGUGCCUUCAGACUCAAACUGAAAACUAAAUAUGACUUGAGGCUUUUCGCAAUUUACUAUCGAAAAAUUGAAGAGCACAUUGAGCAGCAGAAGAACAUUAUACGCCAGUGUAGAUCAGAACGGUUGAACAUUCAUUGCAUGCUGGUCUAUUAACCAGAAUAGAAACGCAUGCAUGCAAAGCCAACAGAAAAGUUCAAGAAUAGCGUAGUCUGUGGUGGAAGAAGUAUUUUAUUUUUUGGUCUUUAAUUACUUUAUUUUUUGGAAAUGGUGCUUAACUGAGUGUACCAAAAGGUCCCAUACCAGCAGUAUUCUUGGGGCGAAACGUAACUGGGAUAAUGCUUACACCGCAAAUAAAGAAAUAGCCCUAAAAUCAGGGGAGCGUUUCUGUGAGUAAAAUGCGAUACUAUUUUGAGGGUCUAAAUUGGCUCCCUUAAAUCGGGGCGAAUACAGUCAAAUUACCUAAGCAGGUCUCUAGGAUUGAUUUGAGUCCCUGUUUGGGCUGUAAGAGACAUUUCAUGGGGCUGUUUAAUUUGGCUUAAAUUGAUUUCAAAUGGCUCCAAGGCUUUGGCCUGAAGGGCUAAAUUUAGACGCCGCCCAACUUGCUGCUCGCGGCUUCACUGGUGGCACACUCAUAUCCGGCGCGUUCUCACAGAUUUUCGAGCAAAAGAGACACUGCACGACGCAUGCUCGCAGUCUAGGCUUUAAAAAUGUUCUGGAGAAGAAAAAAUAUGUAUAUUUAUAUAUCUAGCCGGAUUUUUGAAAACGUUACCGCUAAAUGGACCUUUUCCGUCCAACAGUAGUACAUCUCCAAGGUAGCCAUUAUAAAAACUAAGAGUGCAACCAUUGCUUUCUUCUCUUCUCCUCCUUUCUGGCUCCUCGUUCUUUCUUUUUCUCCUUUCCUUUUCCUUCGUUAGUGUGCUUUUGGAGCUUAUCGAGCCCAAAAACACCCUCUUUUUGACACCCUUUCACUCAAAUGACAGCAAAUUUCGUUAGGUUGGUAUUAAAAAAAAACGGCUAGAUAAAAAAAAAACAUAUCAUAUUUGUAUUUAUAAAGUCUCUUUUCAAUGCGAAAUUUACGCCUCCUUCUUUUUCAGCUACACCAAUCUCGCAUGUUUACCAUCUACUGAUCCAGUUGUUGGAGAUUCGUGUGUUAUCACAGGUUGGGGUACACUGGCGUCUGGUGGAAAUCAACCAGACAAGCUGCAAGUAGCUACCGUUCCCGUGGUACGUCAAAGUACAUGCGAAAAGGCUUAUAAGCAGUACGGUAUUCAUGCAUCAAUGAUUUGUGCAGGAUUGACUGAAGGGGGAGUGGAUUCAUGCCAGGGAGAUAGCGGCGGACCAAUGGUGUGCAAGGAUGCUUUUGGGCUGUAUAGUCUUCAUGGUGUCACAAGCUGGGGUAUUGGAUGCGCUGAUAAAGGCAAAUACGGUGUGUACGCCAGGGUGAAUUAUCUCCUCACAUGGAUUAACAAGCAGAUCAGCAGCAAUUGAGCAUAAAAAUGGAACUUUAUCAGGGGCAAUGAUUUAAAAAAAUAUCCGAACGUAGAUAAAUGCUUAUAAUAGUGCAUGUAGUGGUAUUUCGAAACUGCCAUCUGCAAGUCUUUUUUUUUUCGCCGGAAAAGAUCGACACGGGAAAGAGAUAAAGGUGCUUAAUAAGGUCGCAGGUAAUCAAAGGACCAAUGGCAACUUCAGUAAAUAUGCAACAGUUAGAGUAAGAUUGCGAACGCACAUGCAUAUACGUAUGUCUGCUAGUGAUGUCUGAGAGAAGGCAGUUUAUUGAAGAAGUAUUAGGCCUUUGUAAGGGGAGGGAAUGUAGAUGCUGAAAUGCAAGAGCCGAGAUAAGUUUCUUUAAGGGGUAUUUUGAUCACAAUAAGCAAUAAAAGUAAUGG